AUGGUUGUGAAUAGUCAAGCUUUCUUGUUGGCAUUAAUUGCAUUACUUGCAAUCCAACUGCCUUCACUAAUGGCAUCAGAUUGUCCAUUAGAUUUGACUUCAUCAAACUUCACUCUAGUAGCUACCGUGUGCUCCAACAUAACUAACAGAGGCAAAUGCUGCCGCUACAUGAACGCUUUCGUCGCCGUAUCCGUGGCACGUUACGCUAAUUCCUCAACCAGUCUCGGAGUUGCAUCAGACUUAACUCAAACCUGCAUUGCUUCCAUCUCUCAAGCCAUGGAACUCAGCGGAGUUUCUAAAACCGCUACUAGCUUCUGCGGUUUGGGAACCAAGAUACUUGUCAAGUACAACUGCCAAGGCCUAACCACAGUGACACAAAUGCACCACUCUCCAAGAUUUGGACAUGUCACAAGAAACUGCAGACUCCCACUCUCCGCUGCAAACCGUUGCAGGAAGUGUUUGAAUUCUGGUAUCACUUACCUUCGUGAUCUCUUAGUUGGAGAGACUAAUAACAUCACGUUGAGUACUUGCCGAGAUGCUACUUAUGCUGCAUUAGCUAGCCGAAUCGACCUUGCAUCUGCUCUUGAACUUCUUGGUUGUUUCUUUCAAGUCACAGAGCUGACCGUUCCUUCAGAGUCGUUUCGACCGUUUGCUACUCCAGAACCGUCUCCAAGCCCUGUUGGUGCUAUUAUCAGUCCAAGCAACAGUGACUCUUUAAUGACUACAAGUGAAAGAAACAACAAUCCAUAUCACUUAACAAUGGUUCCAACCAUUGGGAUUGUUGUUACAGCUGUUGCUCUUACGAUGCUUGUAGUUCUUGUGAUUCUCAUCCGUAGGAAAAACCAAGAGCUAGAUGAAUCCGAGAGUUUGGAUAGAAAAUCAACAAAGACUCUUCCUUCUCCUCAUCCUGUAUACAAGAUUCAUGAAGAUGAUUCUUCACCUUUCCAAAAGUUCAGCUACAAGGAGAUUGGAAAUGCGACGAAUGAUUUCAACAUGGUGAUUGGUCACGGAGGUUUUGGUACUGUUUACAAAGCCGAGUUCAGCGAUGGACUGAUUGCAGCUGUGAAGAGAAUGAACAAAGCUUGUGUACAGUCUCAACAAGAUUUCUGCAUUGAAGUAGAGCUUUUAGCUAAGCUUCAUCACCGUAACCUCGUUGCUUUAAAAGGCUUUUGCAUCCAAAAGAAAGAAAGAUUCCUCAUCUAUGACUACAUGGAAAAUGGAAGCUUAAAAGAUCAUCUACAUUCUACAGAGAAGCCUCCACUUAGUUGGGGAACAAGAAUGAAAAUAGCCAUCGAUGUGGCGAAUGCUUUGGAAUAUCUUCAUUUCUACUGUGAUCCACCUCUAUGCCACAGAGACAUUAAGUCAAGCAAUAUACUACUCGAUGAGAAUUUUGUAGCCAAACUUUCAGAUUUUGGCCUUGCUCAUACGUCUAGAGAUGGCUCUGUUAGCUUUGAGCCUGUGAAUACCAAUAUCCGUGGAACUCCAGGUUAUGUAGAUCCGGAGUAUGUAAUAACGGAAGAGCUGACAGAGAAGAGUGAUGUGUACAGCUAUGGAGUUGUGUUGCUGGAGAUUAUAACCGGAAGAACAGCGGUCGAUGAAGGCAAGAACCUUGUGGAAAUGUGUCAGAGGUUCUUCGCGACGAAGUCAAGACACAAAGAUUUGGUAGACCAGAGAAUCAAGAUAUCCGUUGAUGAAGAUGAUGGAUUGAAAAAACAGCUUGAAGCGGCUGUGACGGUUGUGAGAAUGUGUACUGAGAAAGAAGGACGGUCUAGGCCAUCGAUCAAGCAAGUCCUGAGGAUGUUGUGUGAGAGCCGAGAUCCGUUGCAUGGCGGAUUUGCUAGAGCUGUUGAGGAAGAGAUAGGCCAAGAUAAUAUGAAGAGAACCGUUUUGAGAUUUCAAAGAAGCGAUAAACGGAUCUUUGGUUCAUCGUCAAGGACAUUUUCCAGCCGGAGUUUACCUCACUCUCCAGUAAAUGGACUUUCUUUCUGA